AUGAUCCGAGGAUACAUGAUCAACAGGUCAGAUCUCUCCUUACAUCAGGGAAACGAUGCACUUCAGACAGAUAAUGCGAGAACCACCACUGAAGAAUCCAGGCAAGUUAUGCCAAACCUCCCCGCCUCCACCACCACUACCACCCCCACCAAAAUAUCACUUUUCCUCCUCCUCCUUCUACUCAGCACUCCGUCCUCCGCCGCUGCCUCCACCACCGCCUUCAAUACCCUCACCCCCACCUCUCCCCUCUCCGACGGCCAGUCGCUCCUCUCCCCUUCCAAAACCUUCGCCCUUGGCUUCUUCACUCCCACGAACUCCAACUCCAAUCGCCGCUACAUCGGCAUAUGGUACCGCAGCAUCCCCAACCAUACCGUCAUAUGGGUCGCCAAUCGCCGCAACCCACUGUUCACCACAAACGGUACUCUGUCUCUCACCCCAAACGGAACUCUCCUCAUCUCCAAUGUCAACUCGUCCAACCUGUGGUCAUCCAAUGCCGGACGAGCUGCAAUCAACCCAGUAGCCCGACUCCUCGACUCCGGUGAUUUCAUCGUCGAAGACAAAGACGGGUUCGUAUGGCAGAGCUUUGAUCACCCGACGGACAAGCUUCUUCCUGGUAUGAAGCUGGGUUGGGACAUCUCCAGUGGGAUUAAUAGAAAUCUCACGUCGUGGGCGAGCCCAUAUGAUCCAUCGCCGGGGCAGUAUAGUUUAUUCAUCGACCCGCGGGGAUAUCCGCAGCUAGUUCUUGCAGAUGGGAGCGACUGGAUUUGGCGAGGCGGGCCGUGGAAUGGUUUAAGUUUUUCAGGCUGCCCGGCGGAGGCGUCUGCCGGUGCUACGCUUGGCUUUGAACGAAGAUUCAUUUGGAAUGAGGAGGAAAUGUCGUAUAUGUUCGACGUAGUGGACAAGUCCGUGCUCUCAUAUGUUUACGCUGAUGGCACCGGCGUGGCAGCUCGGCAUUUGUGGCUGGGGAAUGAGACACGCAUUGGAAUUGACGGGGGUGCCCAGAGGUGGAGCCUCUACUGGGAAGCCCCACAGGACCCCUGCGACUACACGGAAGUCUGCGGUUCAUACAGCAUAUGCAACGCCAACAACAUCCCGCUCUGUAGCUGCUUAACUGGUUUCAAGCCGUCGGAUCCGGCCGGCUGGGCUUUGAGAGACGGAGCCAAAGGCUGCAAGAGAAUGACGAAGUUGGAUUGCACCAACGGCACUGAUGGGUUCUUUGUGGUUAAUGGAGCCAAGCUGCCGGACACGGCGGAGGCGACAGUCAACAGGGAAUGGUGUUUAAUGAAUUGCUCGUGCACGGCGUACGCAAGCACCAACGUCAACGUCAGCGCCGGCGGCGGCGGGAGCGGGUGCCUUAUAUGGUCGGGAGAGGUAAGGGAUCUCAGAGUGUUUCCAGAUGCAGGGCAGAAUUUGUUUGUGAGGUUGGCAGCCGCCGAUAUACCUCUAACAGAGGAACGUUCUCCAAUUAGUUCCCAGACAAUACUUGAGAUAACUAUCUGUUCUGUUUCCGUGGCUGCGUUGAGUAUUGCAGUGGUUUUUUGCAUCUGGAAAUAUCGGAGCAAAAGAAGGCAAAAGACAUCUUAUCUAGAUGAUCGUGUCUGCAAGAAAGUUGCAGCUGGAGAAACAGAAAUAGCCGAGCUUCCUCUGUUCGAUAUUGACUUCAUCAAAGCUGGAACCAACCAUUUCAGCAACGACAACAAGCUUGGAGAGGGCGGGUUCGGUCCUGUUUAUAAGGGUAUACUUUAUGAAGGGCAUGAAAUAGCAGUAAAAAGGCUUGCAAAGACUUCAACACAAGGGAUUAACGAGUUCAAAAAUGAGGUGAAUUUGAUUGCCAAGCUUCAACACAGGAAUCUGGUUCGCCUUCUGGGUUGCUGCAUUGAAGGGGAGGAAAGACUGAUAAUAUACGAAUACAUGCGGAAUAAAAGCUUGGAUGCAUUUUUAUUCGAUAAAGAGAGAAGUGUUCUUCUGGAUUGGGAAACCCGUUAUCACAUAAUCUUAGGCAUUGCUCGUGGCUUGCUCUAUCUCCAUGAAGAUUCAAGACUUAAAAUUAUACAUCGGGAUCUUAAAGCUAGCAACAUUCUUCUUGACAACGAAAUGAAUCCAAAAAUUUCAGAUUUUGGGAUGGCAAGAAUUUUUGGCAGGCAUGAAACAGUAGUGAACACUGCAAAAAUAGUUGGUACAUAUGGAUACAUGUCUCCUGAGUAUGCAAUGGAUGGCAUCUUCUCUGUUAAAUCAGAUGUGUUCAGCUUUGGAGUUUUGGUAUUAGAAAUCAUUGCCGGAAGGAAAAACAGGGGGAGAUAUACCAUCGAACAACAUUCAAACCUUGUCGGUGAGGCAUGGAGCUUAUGGAAUGAAGAAAAGGAAGUGGAACUUCUUGAUGAUUCCAUCAGGAAUUCAAUCUCUUUGAUAGAAGUUUCCAAGUGCAUAAAAUUGGCUCUCCUUUGUGUUCAAGAACAAGCGGAAGAUCGACCAUCAAUGUCCUAUGUUGUUCUCAUGUUGUGCAGUGAUAUUGCUUCACUGCCAGAUCCAAUACAACCAUAUUUUUUGACACCAAGACACUCAAUUAGAUGGGGUGAAUUGCAUCCGGAGAGAAGGGAUUGGGAGACUUCAAGUGAUAUCACAAGCAGCUUCGAAGGCCGAUGA